UUGUCUCAAAAAUGGUGAAGUUGACUGUGUUGAUUCUUGCGGGGCUUGCCUUGGCUUCAGCUCUCCCAACCCAAGAUCCUGUGCUGCGUAAGCUGGACCCCGGGCCGCGCUUCCAGCAUGUCAGCGAUGGAGAAGGAAAGCUGCACCUCGUGGACUUAUGGCAAAAAGCCAGCGAUGUACAAGAAGCGGCCAGAUACAAUCCCGAUUCGCAGAACAUUUAUCAUCUAUUUACCAGGUUAAACCCAACAGUGAGCCAGCCUAUGAUCAUUGGAAACAGCGGUUUUCUCGGCCUGACGAACUACAACUCUCGGAGACGCACCAUCAUACUUCUUCAUGGUUGGAACAGCGGGACCACUUCGGAUUUUAACACCGUGCUUAUACCAGCUUUCCUACAAGCCGAGGACCUGAACGUCAUCAUGGUGGAUUGGACGGCCGGAUCCAACACCAUCAACUACGCCGCUGCUGUUACCAACACCAAGACUGCAGGUGAAGGCAUAGCUCGCUUUAUCGACUGGCUAAACAGAGAGACCGGGGCCUCCGCGACCCACUACCAUAUCGUCGGGCACAGCCUCGGGGCCCACAUGGCGGGCAUCAUAGGCCGGAACAUGAAUGGCGCUCCGGCUUACCUGACAGCCUUGGAGCCCGCUCUCCCCGGCUUCAUCACAAACGAAGACAAGUUCCGCCCCGACGACGGUGCCUAUACCGAGGUUAUCCACACCAACGCUGGAAACCUGGGCUAUGUCAGCACCCUGGGCCAGGUGGACUUCUACCCCAACGGGGGAAAUAAUAUGGCUGGAUGUGACAGUAUGGCAUGCGAUCAUGCCAGGUCUUACUUCUACCUCGGCGAGUCCCUAACCUCUGGGGGCUUCACGGGCCGUCGUUGUGCCACCUACGUGGGUGCCAUGAGCGGCAACUGUCUGUUGUUUGGCAACCUGCAAAUGGGAGGACUCGUGCCGAAGACGGGGCGAUCAGGAAUCUUCUGGCUGGAGACCAAUGCUCAACCGCCAUUCUCCAGGGGCUAACUUAUUUACAUU